UCUUCAUUUCAGAUCAGUAUUUGACAUUAUCCUUUUCCUGUUUUCAUUCCUCCAGCCUCCAAAUUUGACAACUUCUCUUUAUCUCUCUCUUUCCACUAUAUCUCUUCAUCAUUUCCCAUUUUUGUUAAAAAAACAAAAACUCGUUACAGAGAGUUUUGAUCAUUGAUAUUCCAUGGGACAACAAUCGUUGAUUUACAGCUUCGUUGCUCGCGGAACGUUGAUCAUAGCAGAACACAGCGACUUCACAGGAAACUUCACCACCAUAGCUUUACAGUGUCUUCAAAAACUCCCUGCUUCAAAUAACAGGUUCACUUACAAUUGCGACGGUCACACCUUCAGCUUCCUCGUCGAUAAUGGAUUCAGUUACUGUGUUGUGGCAGUGGAGUCUUUUGGUAGACAAAUUCCUAUAGCUUUUCUUGAACGUAUUAAGGAUGAUUUUAACAAAAGAUAUGGCGGAGGAAGAGCUGCAACAGCUACUGCUAAAAGUCUUAACAAAGAAUUUGGACCAAAGUUGAAGGAGCAUAUGCAAUAUUGUGUGGAUCAUCCGGAGGAAGUUAGCAAACUUGCUAAAGUCAAAGCUCAAGUUUCUGAAGUCAAAGGUGUUAUGAUGGAAAAUAUUGACAAGGUUAUUGAUCGUGGAGAGAAGAUUGAGGUUUUGGUGGAUAAAACCGAGAACCUUCGCUUUCAGAUUGAAAUGCAAUGGCUUUGCAGGCACAAGAUUUUAGGCAGCAGGGAACCCAAUUGAGGAGAAAGAUGUGGUAUCAGAACAUGAAGAUCAAGCUCAUAGUUCUUGCUAUUAUAAUUGCCUUGAUUCUAAUUAUUGUUCUUUCUGUGUGCCAUGGAUUCAGUUGUUAAAUAUUGUCAUUACAUUUUGAGUUGUUAAAUAUUCUGAUUAUUCAACUUUAUGAUUUGUUUAUUAGACAUUCAAUGUCUUGAUGUAAAAAAAAAGUUAGGGAGGGAAAUGAAUAAGGUGUGGUAGGAUGUGCAUCAUGUUUUUCA